ACGCGGCAGUCUCUUGCUUUGCUUGGUUGUCGAAAUCUCUAUCACCAGCUCCUAUCACAACAAACGGAAUGCCUACCAAAUUCACAAUUUCAACCAACAGAAUCAUCCGAGCCACCUACAGCAAGACCGGCAGACGCAGACGCAGACGCAUUCCAUCUGUUGCCAUGAGAAAGAAAUACCUACUCGAAUACAAAGCCGCAAGAACACUCUGGGAAGAUGAUCAGCUUGAAGAAUACAAGAGCGCCAUGGAGGAACUUCUUGACAAGCACGACGUGCCAGACAAGGCGGAAGAUGCUCGUCUGGCCUACGAGACUCUCUGGCAGUUUACCCGCAAGAGAUAUCUUUACGACCCUGACAGGUGGGCUCAGACCACUCUUAGAUGCAUUCGCGAAUCUCUCAAUGAACUGCGCGAGGUGCCAGAAGAAGAGGCUCUGGAGAGGCAGGCAGAAGAAGCGAGAAGAGGAUGGAGAAGAUGUGAUCAUCUAUUGAAAAAUCUCUAUGGUGAUAGUGACAGAGACAAUGAGAACAAAGCUGGAGUAUCCAAAGCACUGUGGGGGAUCGUUGAGUUUCACUUACGUUUUGAAGGCUAA